AGUCGGUAUGUUUUUGAUGUAACACGAGAUUCCAACUGGUACCCCACGUGAAUUAAAGUUCAUUGACAGCGGGGUUUAAAACACUGAUGAACUUUAUUCCCUCUCAAGGCUCCAGUACAAACUGCUGAUUCAUCAGAUCAGAAUGAAGCACUCAAACCUAAACCCAGAGCAAUCAAGACUCUUCCUGGAGGUCCAUCACAUUGACGGAGAUGUGGUUCUUCCUCUACACUCCUCCAUUGCCCUGUUCCUUCUGUCCUACACUGAGUGCAAGUCUUUUCAGGUCUCCCUGGUCUCAGAUCAGCUUGGCAGCAUAGAAGCUUUGGCAGGAUUCCUUCCGAAGAGCCUGGCUGUGUCUGAAGUGAAGAGGACAGAAGCUCCAGCCCUGGUGGCGGCAUGUCGUCUGCCGGCUGUACUGGAGCCAAACGGGCGAUUCUGCAGAGCCGGUCUGGCUGUGGUGCUCAGACACAUCAUCCAGACAACCUGCAGCCUGGAGCCUCAACGCAGAGAUGUGGCCUCACUGCUGGGCUUCAAGAACACCUGCCUGAAGGCCUGCGCUGAGGUGAGCCGCUGGACCAGGUUAUGUGAGUUGGACAUUCCCUCAGCAGUAGAGGAUCACCUACGUAACCCUGCAGAGGAGCGCCUCCAUCUUCCCACUGCUCUCCUCCAGCUGGAGCACCGCCUGGCUGAACCAGUCAAGGUGCACAAUGAUGACAAGCUCCGCCGUCACAAACUUCAACAGCAGAAGAACUCUGAGAGGAACUCUGAGAAGAACUCUCAGCCACCUGAGAGCCAGCAGGAGGAUCCUCAGAACCAGUGUGGGGUAGAGAUGAGUGCAGCUCUGGCAAAAAUGUCUGUGGAUGGAGCUCCACCUGUUCCCACCACAAGGGAGCGCUCUGACGUAAGGAAAGUGAAGACCACUGAGCUACCAGAAUUGGAGCAUGUGUUCGCCGAGGGGCUUUACUUCACGCUCACUGAUGUGGUACUUCUGCCGUGCGUCCAUCAAUUCCUGAUCUCUCUACAGAAUCACACUCCUCAUGUCCUGCUCCAGCUCCCUCUGCUGCUACGCUGGUACCACCGUGUGCAGGAAGUGCCAGGGGUCCGCCGUGCCGCAGAGGAUUGUGGGAUGGCUCUGUUUAGACCACAGGUGCCCCAGCCCUGUUCAACUCAAGCAGUCGCUCCUCAUUGCGUAGAAUCGGAGCAGGAAAGCCCGGCGCCGUCUCAGGAGCACUUCGUGGGAGGGCCGAGACCUACGCUUACCAAACUCCAGGAGCAUGGCAUCGAGGCAGUCUUCUCUCCACACCCCUGCCCAGCAUGGACCCUCGACUGGGAGAGUCUGCCUGCUGCUGUCAACCCCACUGAAGGUAAGAUGUCAGACACUCGUGCUGCACGAAAGCAGCAGCAGCUGAACAACCUUGUCGCCAUGGUGAAGGAGCUGGCUGGUCCUAAUCACACUAUAGUGGACUUCUGCAGUGGAGGAGGCCAUGUUGGGAUUGUUUUGGCACACACGCUUCCUCAGUGUCAGGUCAUCCUUAUAGAAAACAAAGAAGAGUCUCUGGUCAGAGCAAGAGACCGAAGCUCACAGCUCGGGCUUCAGAACAUCAGCUUCGUCCAGGCGAACCUCGACUACUUCGUAGGAAACUUCCAAGUCGGGGUGGCUCUGCAUGCAUGUGGUGUGGCAACAGACAUGGUUCUAGAUCGUUGCAUUCAAGCCAAAGCUGGUUUCGUGAUCAGUCCAUGCUGUUACGGGUUCAUCCAGAAUACACUCAAGUUCAGCUUCCCUAGGAGUAAGAAAUUUGCAGACACGUUGACAUGUAAGGAGCACAUGAUCCUGUGCAGGUUUGCUGACCAGACAGCUGUCCAGCUUCCCACUGAGCGUCGCUUAACCGGGAAACGCUGCAUGGGAUUGGUUGACUUGGACCGCAGUUGGGCUGCAGAGACUCACGGUUACUCAGUGAAGGUGAUGACCAUGGAGCCUGAGAGCUGCUCCCCCAAGAACAACAUGCUAGUCGGGGUUCCAGCAUAGCAUCUCCAUCCUAUGACUUUUUAACAACCAAAUGUAGAAUGGAGCCUUGAGGAACACCUUCACCUUCAGUAGCUCUGAGAUAUAAAUAGGUGAUGAGGAUUUCUUAGCUUUUUAGAAAUAGUCUUGUUUUGUUUUUUUAUGUAAUGAUAAAUUGUUUGCUGCCAACAACGAAUGUUUUUCUCAGGAGCUUAAUCCAUGAUUUCUAUUGUUUUUAUGUUCAUAACAAUUAAACUACAUCAAACAUGGAAUGGAAAUCUUCCAGCUGUGCAAAUAAUCACUGACAGGAAUCAAUGCAUUAUUAUUUUUUUUUAUUCACAGUGUUUUAUUACUCUUAUAUGACGACGAUUACAUUUUUUAAAACGUAUAUUAUCGAAAGCCACGUAAUGAUUUCAAACCGUCUACAGUUACAUUUAAUGUUGAAGAAGAUCUGUGAAUCAGAGAUAAUAGAUAUAACCUGUUAUUUUGAGCCUCUCUGUUUCUCUCUCUCUCUCUGUCUCUCUCCCUCUCUCUCUCUCUCUCUCUCUCUCUCUCUCUUUCUUGAAGUUAGUAAGAAUUUGAAGUUCUUAUGUCAUGAAGCCUCUCUCAUGGUGGAAAAUGUACUGAUGUUACAGCAAGCUGACACUGAAGACUGCUUUCAUAAGUGUUAACUACAUGCCUUGUAACAGGAAAUGUUACCGUAGUAACGAGUAAAUAACACGUAUUAAACUUUAAAGUUUGGUCAAAAGUUUGCGUUCAGGUUGCAGAAUUUAAAACAAUGAUGAUGUUGAUGAUAAUAAUAAUAAUAAUAAUAAGGAUAAUAAUAAU